UGUUUUCUUUUAAACAGAAACCACGGAAAGCAUGUUCAAUCAGGAAUAUAUAUAUAAAAAAAUUGAUGAAAAUUUUAAAAUAUCCCCUACACUUUUACUGGCAUGCCAUUUUCACAUCCCGGCAAGUGCAUAACCUCACUUUAUUUUGUUUACAUUUUUGUGAAGGAGUUAUUCAUAGGUGUUUUGAUUAGGAGUUUUUAUGUGAAUAUGGCAAAUAUACCGACAAUAGCUCAGGAAGCUGUUCUUUUGGAGAGCGAGGAACUCCCACGCGAUACUCCUACGGUUAAAGGUUAUGACUGGAAGGCAUCGGGAAUAAAUUAUGAGGAAAUUCUCAAAAGUUACACUCAUACUGGGUUUCAGGCGACAAAUUUUGGAAAGGCUGUCGAUGAAAUAAAUAAAAUGUUAAACAGCCGAAAUUGUCCUUUGCUGGAAGAACAUCAAGACCUUCACGAGGAGGAUGAAUUCAUUGUUCGUCGGAACAAUUGCACCAUUUUCCUGGGUUACACCUCCAAUAUGGUAUCAUCAGGCCUCAGAGAGACCAUAAGAUUUCUUGUGGAGCACAAAUUAGUAGACUGCUUGGUCACAACGGCUGGUGGUGUUGAAGAGGACUUUAUAAAAUGCAUGGCUCCAACGUAUACGGGAUCUUUUGAGUUGAGUGGAAGGCACUUGCGCGAGAAAGGAGUGAAUAGGAUAGGGAACCUCUUGGUGCCGAAUGAGAACUAUUGUUUAUUUGAGAAUUGGGUGACACCGCUCCUGGAUGAGAUGCUAGAAGAGCAGAAAAGUGAAAAUAUGCUCUGGACUCCUUCAAAAGUUAUCCAGAGACUAGGAGAAAGGAUCAACAAUCCCUCUUCCAUUUACCACUGGGCAGCUAAGAGUAAGAUUCCAGUGUUUAGCCCUGCAUUAACUGAUGGUAGCCUUGGAGACAUGAUGUACUUCCACUCCUACAAGAACCCUGGCCUUGUGGUGGAUAUUGUAAGCGACCUUAGACGCCUUAACACCAUUGCUGUGAAGGCUGUUUCUUCGGGUAUGAUCAUCUUGGGCGGUGGAGUGGUUAAACAUCACAUUUGCAAUGCCAAUCUCAUGAGAAAUGGGGCUGAUUUUGCGGUCUUCAUCAAUUCUGGAUCAGAGUUUGAUGGAAGUGAUUCAGGAGCAAGACCAGAUGAGGCAAUCUCAUGGGGAAAGAUUCGCAAGGAAGCCACACCUGUAAAGAUUUAUUCAGAUGCGACUCUUGUGUUUCCUUUAAUUGUUGCGGAAACUUUUGCUAAAAAUGUAGAUUUCUCUUAAGAAAGUUUAAAAAUUAAAAACAGGAUUACCUAUAGUUUCUUUGUAAUCUUAAUAAAUUUCGGAAAUUUUCCACCUUAUAAACAUUGAAAGAAAGUUGACACAGCUUUAAUAAGUGUAUAAUUAUUAAUCUUUUAAAUUGAAAUAAACAUUAUUUAAGUUAAA